GGAGGAUCUAAAACCAGACAAGGGUGAUGUCUUCACAUUAUUAUUGCACAGUAAGUACUUGAGGCAGCAAAAAUGAUUGUGAAUCUCCUUGCAGGCAUAUGGACCCUGAUGUCUUUAAUUCUGUCAGGUGUUCUUGCUGUUGAUUGGAUUGUGCAUGUUCCUGAUGACCCAGUCUAUGCUCCUCUGGGGUCUUCUGUAGUUCUGCAGUGCACCUAUGACUUCCCUGAGGAGUCAGACCAGGGAAUGCGGCACAAAGUGCUGUCAGAGAUGUGGUGUCUGAAUCAAAGCCACUGCAUCACUCCGAGAUACGUGUACCACAGUGCAGGGAUAUUCCCUGAGCCCUCAUACCAGGGCCGCAUCAGAUACUUUGGGCAGACAGGGAGCAAAAACUGCUCUCUGAUGAUAUCUGAUUUGAGGUCAGCAGACAGCGGCGUGUACGUGUUCCGGUUCAUCACCGACCACCUGAAGGCCAAGCUACCAGGACAGAGAGGGGUGAAUCUACAGGUUACACAUCAGAUACAAACAAGAAGUGCAUAUUCAUCCACUGUUGGCAUUGUGUUUGGAGUUAUUGUCAUCAUUGUCGCAACAGGCAUUGUGAUGUUCAUCAGACACAAGUCCCGGAGAGAGAGGUCAACACCACUUUAAACAAGAAAUCGACGUCUUAUUACCACACAGGAUGAGCAAAACAACUAGUGACUGUAGUCAAAACAGAGAUGGAAACCGAUGGUUCUGCUUUUUUCUGUUUCUAUGCUACUUUUACAU